AUGAUUACGCCAAUCGAGCAACAUCAGGUCCCGUUCAUGGUCAAACUACCCCAGUCAAUAUCAGGGAUAGGCACUUUUGCCGUGACGUCUGAAACAGACCGAAUGCGGAUGAAAGCCAUGCUCACAACACAAUUAGAUGUCAUGUUACGACAACUCAACCAAAUAAACAGGCAUCUCUAUCCGCGCUCAAUAGUCUUGCAAGGUUUUGUUGACGGACCUGUGGUGGCUCUGUCAUUGUUCGUCACCCAGACCGGUCAGCCCAUAUUUGUUGCCUUCUGCGAGCAAUCAUUCGACGACCACUCACAUCGUAGAGGCGGGAGCAUCUCGUACCGAGAGCAGACAGGGUUCCUAACGACAUUUUCCGCGCGCAUGGGCAAAGUGGCUGCGGUUGUGCAUCGCAAAGGGUAUCAUGGCCCGGCGGGCGUGGAUAUUGUCACCGACCAACACAGCGUGGAGCAGUUGGUCAUUGAUCUGAAUGUUCGGGUUACUGGUACUUUUCACCUAGGGUCCCUCACGGGGCAUUUCACUCGGCGUCGGCUGUUCGAGGCUGGUAUGACAAGCGGAGAUUUCUGUUGUACGCGAGAUGUAUUCGAGAAAGUCUUUUCGGAGGAGAUUUGA